AUGCUAAAUCUUCUACGGAGGAUAUUUGCAUUCUUUCAAAGGAAUAACAAUUCUGAAGCACCCGAAGAACAGCCUCAAGGCAACCCAAAGGUGCACUCUCUUCAGGGAGUCGUGACCAACUUGUUUACCAAUUAUGGAUGGAUUAACAAAUCUAUAUUCUUCCACACUGAUGUAGUCUGUGAUAAUGUGCCUCUGAAAAUCGGAGUAAAUGUCAUCGCUCUUGUGGAAGAAGAUGAAACAACUCAGGUCCUGAAUGCCCUCAAGGUGAAGAUUAUGAACAAUCCAGUUGACUCUAAGGAUCCAUCAAACCUCAGCAAGAGAUUUUGUAUUAAAUAUGUCACUCACAUAAUGCAGGAUAAAAUCUACAUUAACAAGGAUAUUUCAUUUCCAAUACACCUGUUUUCUGGAGCAUUCAGGCCUUUCAACGGAGAUUUGGUGUUGGUGGGGUAUUCCAUGAUCCCAGGAACUUCAGAUAUCAACAUUCAAUCUGUGAGCCCACUUAGCUCUCAGAAUAUGCAAAGGGCCUGUAUUACCAGACUGGAUGGAAGAACUGGAGUCGUGGAACCUUGUAUGUUUUUUAGUCUGGAUUCUCUCCAUACUCUUCCUGGUUAUACACCUGCGCUAUAUGACAUAGUUAACGUGAUUGCAGUAGACAGCAUUCAACUACAUUAUUCUUGGCGAGUGGUAUCUAUGAUUCCUGUUGACAUGUUUUAUUAA